UUUUUUCCGUUUGAAUAAUGCGCGCGUAGUGAUCGCAGCGCCACCAUCGUCGUCAUAACAACACACUAUUGGUACAAACAAUUCGUAGUGUUACGGCUCGUAUAUGUAGUGAUAAAGAAAGUGAUUUUAAUUUUGUUGAUAUUAAUUAAUUAUUAUUUGCAAAUGGAAAAAACCGAUAUUUCGGAAAAUCUGGAUAUUCCGGAAAAUAACAAGACAGAAAAAUUAACUGACAAUGCAGAAUAUCAGAAGAACCUGAAUGUGGAAUUAUUAGACGGUGAAAAUGAUUCAUCGGAACCAGUAUAUCGAAUUCGUCCGCAUCUUUAUGAUAAGUUUAAGCCAUUAAGUGCUAAAGAAGUGAUACACAAUGUAUUGUUCGAUCAGCUUUCUACAAAAACAUACGAUGCACAGGAUGCCAUUCAAUGGACUAAGAAUAUAGCAGAUAUACUUAAAGUAAAAAUUAAAGAAUUACAAUUUAAGCGUUAUAAGUAUGUCGUAAAUGUGGUCUUGGGGGAACAACACGGGGCUGGUAUAAAAAUGGGGACGAGAUGUAUCUGGGAUGCAGAGGCAGAUGCAUAUGCUUUCGACAGUUUUAUAAAUGAUACAAUAUUCUGCGUAGCUACUGUUUAUGCUGUAUAUUUUUAUUAAAAUGAGUAUAAAACAUAAGGUGGAAAUGCGUUGAUUAUAAGAAUUCAAUAUAAGCUUAGACGUUCACAAUAUAAGAGGAGAAAUGAUUAUAUGAUAUUUUAGAAACGACAUGUAAUUUAUUAAAGUGCAAUUUAUUAUUACUAUACACAGGACGCAUGCAAAACAUGGCACAGUUUUUAUAUACAAUAGUGAGUUGCGAUUAUCUUUAUUAUUUUGCACUGCUUAUCAAUAUUUUAUCUAUAGACGUAAUGAAAAAUUACGUAAAAUAAAAUUAUUAUAGCACCAUAAUUCACGGCAUUGCACUAUGGUUAAAAAGUUUCUUACGUACUAAUUGUUAAAAUUAUAGAAUGAGAUUCUACAAAUCUAAAGUAUAUGAAUUACAAAAAUUAGUUAAGCCCACAAAAUUUAUUUUAUGAUAUGAUUUUCUUACGUAUACGUCAACCCAUAUAUUUAUUUGUCCUUCGUGAUUGCUUUACAGUAGUACAAAUCAUAUGUGCGUGUUCUUAAGCUCAUAAUCGUAGAUUAAAAUCUAAUUUCUUUAUAUAUAGAUAAUAAUGUAUGUUACUUUUUGAAGUAACUAAGAGAGCGUAUUAAACUUGUUUUAAGCAAACAAUUUGUACAAAGAUUAAAAUCAAUGAACAUAAAACAAUAUCUUCAUAUAUAUAGCACGGAGCUAAUAAGUCGAUCAGCUAUAUACUAAAGUAAAUACUUUGUAUUUUAUAUAUUAUUAUAUCAAAUAUGAUAUUGUAAGAAAGUAUAAGAGACUUAUAAUUA